AUGGAAGGAAAGAGCUAUCUUUUCAAAUACAGACAUGAAGAGCAAUAUGCGUACAUUCAUCGGUUCGACAAUGAAACAAUCAAGCUAGACAGGAAGCUUUGGGUCAAACAACCUUUCGAUGUUGAACACGGAUUAUUCGUCACUGGAGCGGGUCUGAUGGACAAGGAAAUGACCUUUUUUGCGUGCGGUGUCCAGCAUGAGCCUGAUAUCUGCUAUUUUGCCGAUAAAAGGCAGUUCCAUCGAAUCCCUCAGCGAAAGCCGAUGAAGACUUUCACUCAUUUUGGAACAUCUGUUCUCAGAAAUGCAAUAAAAGGCAUCACGACCCUCGAUGGUCAUUUUGGCGUCUUCAAUUUUGUGUCAGAUCAUUUGAGAGUCGACUUUUACGAAAAGAAAAGAAUUGGAGACUCGCCUUGGAAAUCUUCUUACUAUUCACUACCGAAUGAUAUUCCCUUCUCAAAAGAGUAUUAUCAAGCAUUCGUCGAAGUGAUCGAAAACAAUCAAGGAUUCCUACUGAUCACGGUCGGCAUUAAUUUUUUGAACGUCAAAAGAUUCAUCAAUAUUCAUCGUUUGUACAAUGGUCACUGGAUUAAGCUCGAUGAAAUUAUGUAUGAAUACAGCGAGAAAGAAAUCAGUUCUAUCAACAAGUAUUUGAUGGAGCCGUUGGUUAACUUCCAUGGGUUUCAAAUGGACGGAAAUCUUCUUCUUGAACACGUCGAAGCAGUAAUUGAUGAUGGACAGAUUUAUACAUCGUACGCCGUCAGAAGCCAGUUCAUAUACGUUGAUCUAUCUAAUAUGAAACUGACACCAGUUGAGCUAGUCGCCAGAAAUACGACAAUGUUCGAAAUUUAUACAACCCAAUUAUGGAAUUGA